AUGUUUCAAUCUAAUAUUAUUAAACAGUAUAAUACAAAUAUCGACAUACAAUUAAGUACCUUAAAAGUGAUGAGCACUUCUGCUUCAUAUCAGGAGAAUGAACUAUCGAAACAAAUGGAACUUUUAAAACCAAAUGAUCAUUGUAUUGAGCAAGAAAAACCAAAAUUUUAUAAAAUUGAUGAGACAGGUGAUGAAGGAAAGAUGAAUGAUUCGGUAGAACAACAAUCUGUACUUGAGGCUACUUCGAAUAUGGAUAGACUUACACAAUUACAAGAUGCAAUAGAUCAAUUGGCUCAAUUAUUUCAUACCAGUAUUGUUCAUUUAAAUCAACCACAAAACCAUGACACACCAAAGCUUAAAGAGGAUAGAGAAUUAAUUGUUCAAGAUCUUUGUAAGAAAGCAAAAGAAAUUGAUACAUUAAUAGAAAAUUUACCUGAAGAAGAGUUACAAGAAGCAAAUAGAGAAUAUUUAAAAAUGGUUCAAAAUGCCGGAUCAUUAUUAAAAAAAAUUAAUGAUACAAUAAACAUAAUUGCUAAAGAUCAAAGUUUAGCAAAAGAUUUGGAAUAA